AUGGAGGAGGGAUUAGUCGCAGCUUGCUCUCAGCUACGAUUAACGGAGGAUGAACAGGAAACGAUUACGUUGGAGGAUGUGGUGGAUGAAAACGCUGAUGACAAGGCUGAGCUUAGUCUGAUUGGCAAAUUAUUCACUCAAAAACCGUAUAACCUAAUUCAUAUGAAAAACGCAUUGUCAAGUGCGUGGAGACUAGCUGAAGGUUUUUCAAUUAGACAUGUUGGUGACGAUCUUUUUGUAUGUGAAUUCUUUUCUAAGUUGGAUAAAAACCGAAUCCUUCGUGAAGGUCCUUGGAAUUUUGACAAACAGCUGAUCCUCUUUGAACCUAUGUCGGGCAAUAUGCAGCCUAACAAUAUGAUCCUAAAACACUGUCUGGUGUGGGUGAGGGUAUAUAAUCUUCCGAUGAAUUGUCGAGGUAAAGUUGCGGUUACUAAACUUGGGACAAAACUGGGAAGAGUUUUGGAGGUUGAUGGGGGCAGUGGGGAUUAUAAUCGCUAUGGCAGAGCUAGAGUUUUGUUGGAUGUGUCCAAACCAAUAAUAAGAGGAACAAAAGUGAUCAAUCCUCUAGGCGAGCAAUGUUGGAUCCCUUUCAAGUACGAGCGACUCCAAAAUUUCUGUUAUUGGUGCGGCAUGCUAGAUCACCUGGUUGCAGACUGUGAAGAGAAACCAGAGGAAACAGAGGUGUCAGAUUGGCCGUAUGGGCCGGGGUUACGUGCUACCCCGCGAAAAAAGAUAUUAAUGGGCAAUCGUCAAAACAUUAGAGCAACUGCAAAUGGUCUGGAAGAGCAAUCACAUUCAGCUUCUCAUUCAGAUAAUGGGGACAAUCCAUCUUCUGCUAGACGGAAUUUGAACCUAGAUAAAGUUGUGGGGACUGAUAUGUUGGCUAAGGAAAAUGUUCGGGUGCAACAGGUAGAUGCAGUUUUGCAUGGGCAUGGCAGUGACAUCCUCCAAACGUCUGGGGAACAGGUGGAACGAGAAACGGUUGAGGGCCUUGUGGAUGUUCGUAUCCAGCAAGUACAGAUUGGGACGAGCUCACAGAGUGCAAUUUCGGGGCAGGCCAAAACUGACAAGAAUAAUGGAAAGGAGGGAUCAUGGACUCGACGUAAAACUGUGAGAGCAGGGACAAGUAAGGAAACGGAGGUCUCGAAUAAGAAAAACCCAACUAAAAGAGAUCACAGUAUGAUAGUUGAUGGGGAUUCGGUCGACUUUUUCUCAAAGAAGGUUAGAGAUGGGCUAUCGGAUCGGUUCGAACAAUUUGAGAUAUCGGCGGAGACUGGCGAACAGUCUCGCCGGACGCAAUGA